GCUAGUGGUGUACUGAACAGAUCUAGACGAUCGCGAAUUUCGCUGAUAAAAUAUAAAUUCAUUUUUGACCAGGGGUCGUCCUUGGGGUCGCCGUCAUCGUUGCUUAAGUUCCCUAUUGAUGCUGACAAAGCACGUUUACUAAACACAAGUCAAGCAUUUAGCAGUGAACAGCACAGUGAAGAUAUGACGUCAGAAUUUGUCGCCAUGGAAGUGCUAAACGCGGCAAAAAUGUGCCCUGGUUUUGAAUUUAACUUCGAUUUGAUCUCCGUAUCGAUUCUAAAUUUGGAACAAAUGCCUGCAAAUCACGUGCUAACCGUCAAUCAAUGUCAAAGACCAAAAAUGCGCUGUCCAGAUAAAUGCUCCACAUUUUGACAUAACCUUAAUCGAUUUGACUUUCUUGUGAGAGAUCUUAAGUAAACACCUUUGGAAUAAAGGCACUUUCAUAAGCUUAGCGUCAUGAAAUUUAACACGAACGCGGCCUCAGUUUUAUAGGUGACCAAUUUUCUUUUUUCUUUUUUGGGAAAGGGAAUAAAAAGUAGAAAUUGCCAGCAUUAUCUAUUAAAUGGCCUGAGUAUUCGUCAAAAUCUUAGCUGUCAGCUAAGAAAUGAUACGUUUUUGAGCGAUAGCUGAAGAAUCACUAAAACGUUAACUGAUAAUUGGAUUCCAGCGAGCCAUCCAAACCCUCUACAUAAUAGAACAUUACAUGGCCGUUUACCACCUAGAAACACAAAUUUCAUCUUCAUCAGGCUCACUCCUAGGAGAUGCUAUCCGCGCGAAUAUGUAUUUUUUUUAACCUCCAGCUGACAUGUAAUAUUCUCUGUUUGUCUAAACCAAACUUGUUUAAUUUGGGUGAAAAUGAUUGUCCAAUGAAACUCCUAUUUAUAUCUAACAUUUUACCCCAGUCCUCGUUUAGAAAAUGAAGGCAAAGAGGACCUCUGAAAUAAAUUACAAAAUUGAAUUCAAAUGUAAUUUUCUGAUUGACGUGUGGAUCAAUUCGCUAUUUCGGAGUCUUUCGGCCUUUUGAGUUACCCUUAAAAAACAGUGGUGCAUAAUAUUUAUUCACUGCGAAGAACAUGUUUCGCAUUGACACGAUAUUUCUGUUCAACAGGAAUGUUUAAUUUUCUAUUUAUAGUUAUUCUGUUCCGUUUUCCGUGUAGUACAGGCAAAAAUCAACGUUUGAUCCAAGGUGGUCAUGGUUCAAAGCGAUCUAGUUUUCAACACGGAGUGUCGUACGCAAAUUUUGUAGUUCACAAGUUUCAGCAUCUUCAAGGACCCCUCUUAGUCUCUUCUUGUGGAGUAAAUCGGGUUACAGAGUGCGCUUUCGCCUGUGUUGAUAAUCCGCCCUGUGUUUCGUUCAACGUUGCUUCGUCGCCAAACGAAAGUGGAAAGCUUCGCUGCGAGCUGCUAAGGGAAGACAAGUUUAGAAGUCCUGACAAACUGAUCGUUUCGCAACAGUUUCACCAUUACAGCAUAAAGACACCUUGUUCAAAGAAUCCCUGCAAAAAUGGCGGCAGCUGCAUUCCAAAUUACGAAGAUCACUAUCACUGUGUUUGCCCACCGGGCUACACAGGUUUUCAUUGCAAGAGAGGUGAAUAAUACUAGGAUUUUCAUUCACAGUCAUUCUGUGAAUGAAAUAAUAAUUUUAGCGAGGAUGUGUCAUUUUUGCUUUACAGCAAUUAGCACAAAACUCAGUUUAAACGUCAAUUUAUUCAAACACAAACAGGACUAGAUGCUUCCGACUAAUUGUACAUAAUAAAUACUACC